AGGUUUCCAUUUUGAAUUUUAGUGCUACAAUCCAUGGAAGAUGGCGUUCACCGCGCUUAUUUUUCUAUAUUUUCUUAUACGCAGAGAUGAGCUUAUACGCUUCACUAUUUCGCUUAAAAAUUUGUGUCGAGCCAGUUCACAUGAAUGGUCUCGCAUUUUGAGCACCAAAAACGUUCCGUAAUACCGUCAGCUACUCAUUUUUCACAUUUUCGCUCAAUUUGCUUUACGUAAUAGAGCCCCUGAUACCAAUCGACUUCAGCAUCCUUUUAAAUGGUAUUUAAUUUUAAGGAACAGGUUCAUUACAGUUGUUAAAAAUAUUACUAAUUCUAUAAAAAGUAAUAUAUUAUAUUGAAAAAGUUAAUUUAAAUAUACAUUCACAGUGUUCUUAAAUUCCCUAGGGAUUUUUAAAUUACCGUAAUAUUUUCCGUUAUAAUACUCGAACAGAAAUUCUCGAGAAUUUGAAAAUACUAGACAUGUGGCGUCACCCUAUAAUGGGGUUGAAACUGUAAUAAAAGUAGUCAUCUUAUCGUUAAAGAAUUAAUUUCUAGCCACAUCUACAUUCCUUGACUAUUCGUGAAUAUUUAAAUUAUGAACUUCUAAGACUUUCAAGAACGUUUCUUAUAAUCCUCUUGUUAUGACGUAUCCGCUAGUGCUUCAAGUUAAAUAACUGUAAAUUUAAUGACAUUUGAUGGUCCCAGAGAAGUAUUUAUGUAAACAGUCAUGAGUAAUGCUGUCAACUUAAACUGGUUAAAUUCUGCUGAUGGGGAAUCAAUACUUCAUCAUUUUUAUGUCCGGGGGAUCAAUAAAAGGAAAUUUUAUGGUGUAUUGGAGAGGCCACCUCUUCCAUCCGUGAUCGAUGAAGUGACGUAUAAAAUAUUUAUGAUCGGUAAAGGUGGAGUUGGAAAAACUUCAGUAGUUUCAAGACUGUCUGGUAAUAUUGGAUCUACUAAAUAUGUUGAAACUAAUGGAAUUAAAAAGACGACUAUAUUUUGGCCAAUAAAGAUCAGAGAUAAAAUAAUCUUGUUUAAACUGCAUUUCUGGGACACUUCUGAGAAUAGCAUUAAAAAAUACAAUCAUAUUUUACCUGUUUGUAAAGAUAAAGUUGAUGCCGUCUGCAUUGUAUUUUCAUUUGACGACUUGUCAAGUUUUAACGAUGUGCCUUAUCUUAUUAAUUCGAUGACAACUGUUAAAGAUAAACCAGCAAACAUAGUUAUUGGAACAAAAUACAGGCCUUGGUCAACUUUAGAAGUGACAGAUGCUCAAGUGAAAGAGUUUGAACAGAAAUGGAAAUUGAAAGUAAUUAGAAUUGAUACAAAUAAGACAUUAACAAGACCUGAAAUAUUUGAUUGUUCGCACCAGUUAAACUGGAUCUGUGAAACAUUGUGGAAUAGAGAUCAAGACUUCAUUUCAAAUCAAAUUAUACAAGUUUAAAACGAGUAAAAAUAGUUACGGCAUGGAACUUAAUGAAAGUCUAUUUCAUCUAUCGUCUAAAGUACAGUUUCACGGCUCACGUGUCAAUUAUAUUUCAAUACUCAUGUAUUUUAGUGCUAAUUUAAUGUAAAUAAUUUUGUAUAUCAAAUAGUAAAUGAGAAGUGCAUAAUGUUUAGAAAUUCUGUUUAGUAUAAGAUUCAGUAUAAUUAAUUUAACAUGGCAUAUUCUUCAUAAUUAUAUAAGUUGUACCAUAAAUUGACGUAAUGGA